AUGGGUCUCUCAGCGGCACGCAAGCUACUUGUAUUCCUCAUGGUUACUGUGUUCCUCUUCUCUGGGAGUGCUGACGCGUGGAGCUGGAGUUGGGGUUCCGGCCAGUCUGGUUCAAACGGGGAUUGGGGAUGGAGCUCUGGCGGUUCUUUUGGCUCGGGUUCUGGUGGUUCAGACUCCAACUCGGGUGGUUCAAGCUGGGGUUGGGGAUGGAGCUCGGACGGAACAGAUACAAACUGGGGUUGGGGAAGCAGCUCUGGCUCAAACCAUUCAAGCGGCACUGGCUCUACACACAACGGUCACAGCUCUGGCUCGAACCAUUCAAGCGGCACUGGUUCUACACACAACGGUCACAGCUCUGGCUCGAACCACUCAAGCAGCACUGGCUCUACACAUAACAAUCACAGCUCUGGCUCAAACCACUCAAGCAUAGUUGGUUCUACACACAAGAAUCACGGCUCUGGCUCAAACCACUCAAGCAUUGCUGGUCCUACCCACAACGGUCACAGCUCGGGCUCAAACCACUCAAGCAUCAUUGGUUCUACACACAAUCACACGGCUCCAUCGCUGGGAAGAAAGAUUGCGGUUACUGUAUGGAAAAACGGAUACGGUUACACAGAAUGGACUGCAAAGCAUGCCCCAUUCUACGUCAACGAUGUUCUUGUUUUCACGUACAACAACAAUGACCAAACACAAUCCAAGACGAAGCACCACCAUGACAAGAAGAAGAACGACGUCUACUUGCUCCCAGACAUGAAGAGCUUCAAGAGAUGCAAUGUGGCCAGAGGCAAGAAGCUGGUUGCACGAGGAGGUUCAUCAUCAAGAGGCUUCAAGUUGCUUCUCCGUAAGGUUCAUACUUAUUACUUCGUCAGUGGAGACCACAACGACUGCAACCACAACAUGAAGUUCUCUGUCCACCCGAUUCCCCACCCUUCUUCGCACUAAC